GCGAAAGCAUCAGCACAAUGUGAUAAAUUACCAGAGAAUUUAAACCUUGAGGGAUGCUGCAAAUUUUCAAUAAUUGCUGCAGACGAUACAGUCAAAAAAGUGCUUGAUGAAUUUAAAGACCAGAAACUUCCUCCAGCAAUGAUGCAAUGUAAAAUGUCUGAAGAAAUGUUUAAAGAAUAUAAAUUGACAAAGGGUGAUGGAGUUGAUAAAGAAGCAUUCUUGAAUCAUGUCGAGAAUAAAGUGCUGGAACCAAUCUGGAAACCAAUCAUGAAAAAUGCUGUUGAAGAAUGCUACAAAGGAGUUUCUAGAAAAACUGAUGAGAUUGUGAAGGAAUUAGAAGACGACCCGUUUAACAUUAAACGUGACGAAUGCAAUCCUAUUUACAUGUCAAUUGUGACUUGUAUUCAACUUGAAGCAUUCGAGAACUGUCCAAAGGAGCUUUGGGCUAACGAGAAGAAGUGUAAUGAUGCCAGAACAUGGAUUACUGAGUGCGGCGACAACGUCGAGUCAUUGAAACAAAUAAUAAAAGCAAAAAAAUCGAAGCAUUGA